AUGAUCCUCCGCCCCGUUUCCCUCCUGGACUGCGCGGUAGCGGCAAUCAUAAUUACGCCUCAAAUCUUCUACACUGCUGGUCCUUUGGGUGGUUUGGCCGUUGUCAUCAGGAUUCUUCCGUUUCUUUGUGAGUUCAGUCCACGUGUUUCUCGUGCCGCUCGUAACCUGACCACGUCCAAGAUAGUAUUCAGACUUCCUUUUUAUUUUCUCGCUCGCUACGUCAAGCCACGCGAUGCACAGCCGUGGUUCAUCGCCGAGUCGUCUCUAUUUGAGGACAUGAUGAUCCGGAUUGUCAGAUAUGGAUUCACGAAUUUGCCCGUCAAGACAGUCAGGGUCCUCUUUACCAAGCAUUUCGCGUAUCCGUUCUUGAGGUGGAGGAUGUUCAGGAGCGGACAUUUCAAGUUUCCCGCUCAUUUGCAGGAGAAUUUCAUUGAGCAGGGCAACACAUCUGUCACGGGUCUUUGGAUUAAGCAUGAUCCGGGGCGAGGGCCCGAUGUGGUAGUCUAUUACAUUCAUGGCGGAGGGUUUGCAUUGGGCUCGUGUUACUUUUACCUGGAGUUUCUGCUGGCCAUGCACCACUUACUACUGAAGGCUGGGUUUGAGAAUCCAGCCAUCUUUGCACUAGAAUACUCUCUCGCUCCCGAAAAGACACACCCGACUCAGGUCAACCAAGCCGUCCUUGGUUACAGACACAUUUUGGAAGAAGUCGGGGAUGCAUCCAAGGUGUGCAUCGCUGGAGAUUCAGCCGGUGGGACCUUGACGCUCAGUCUUCUUCUACAGCUGGGGAAGAAUUCCAGGGGAUUUCAAUCAAACGGCUCUACUACACUUGCUGUUCCCAAAUUGGCCGUCUUGAUCUCACCAUGGAUCACGCUCGUUUCAAAUACUCACUACCCGUCAGAGCUGGACUACCUAGAACGAGAUACGUUGUGGAAGUACGGAAGGGCGUAUGGGGGAUCAGGGGUGCAUGACUAUAUAGCAUCACCCGGCCUGUGCCAAGACGGAGAUCUCUGGACGGCAGUCAGUCCACAGCGAGGAUACUUUAUUGUAUACGGGGAGGAAGAGACGCUUGCGCCGGAUGCAGAAGCAUUCGUUCGUCAUCAACGAAGAAACAAUAUCGAGAUCGACGCCAUGGAGUUCAAAGGCGGCAUUCACGCAUGGCCGGUAGCAUCGCUAAUGCUGUCGGGGACACGGGACCGUCGGCUACAGGGACUCGAAUCUAUCGUCAGACAUGUUAGAAAGAAAUUCAGUGACGAUGCUUUCACAAGAAAGAAACGCGCUAUCUCUGACAUAGAGUCAUCAGAUUAG